AUGGCGAUGCUGCAUCCAGACGAUGAAGCUUUCGCGAAAGCUAAUAUUCUGACGGAUGAAACGAUUGGAAACCUAUUCAAAUCCAAGCUUGGACUUCAACCGGUGCACAUCAGCUGUCCAGAGAAACAAGGAUCGUUUCACAAAGUGUACUUUGUGUCGUUGCCUCACUUGGAAGGACAUCCGUGGUCUGGCAGAAGCUUGGUUUUACGGGUUUCCAGAAAAACAAUCGUUAAGCUCAAAACCGAAAAUGAGAUCGCUUUUCUGCAAUUACUGCAAAACUCAAAAAUCCCUGUGCCGCAAGUGGUGUUCUUCUCCUCGGAUCUCAAUAACUCUCUUGGAUACGAGUACGAUUGUGUGGAAAGAAUCCAACAUCCCUGCCUCUCAGAGGUCUGGUCAACUUUUUCUUCACGACAACUAGAUAAGAUUCUUGAUCAACUGGUUGAAAUAUUUCUUGAACUUUCUGCUGUCGACGUUCCUCGCGUAUACGGGAGCCUUGCGCUGAACAGUCAGCCAGCGCCCGUCUUGGAGGAGACAAUGUGGCAAAUACCGGAUAUAGAACGAUAUUUCUAUGCCCCGCCCUAUAAUCUACAACUUGAAACCUUCCUGUCCCUCAAUCCAGGCGGGUUUUACACGUCCUGGCCCGAGUAUAUAUCCGCCUUCCUGAAAACUUACCACCAUAUCAUCUCAAUACAUCCCUCUGUCCAGUUCCUCUCGACCAUUCUCGACCCUCUUCAGGCUUUAAUCAACAUUCUUGACUCAGCUGAGGCAUCAUGGGUGCAAAGCCUUCGCGAUUCUCCUAGGCUCCGCCCACGUAUCGCUCACCGAGACUUGCACUUUGACAACAUCUUAGUCGACGCAGAUGGAACGAUCAAAGCCGUAAUCGACUGGGAAUUCGCCGGUAUUGGAGCGGCAUUUUCUUCGCGCUCAUCUAUCAUCGACAACUGCACAGGGUUUCUGAGGCACCAUGGCUUUUAUCCAGAUAACCCCAUAGCAAAACUUAUUGUCGACACAUGGCCGACAGAGUUCCAAACACGUUUAGAAAGGCGGGCGCCCGAAGUUGCAGCCAUAUGGGCACAAACGAUAGACCGUGAUACAGUCUUGGGGGUCGAGGGUAACGCACUCAGUGAUGUUCGUGAAUAUCUUCGUGCCUGUUUGGAGGUUGCGAUUCGUGGUCACGAACGGACAGAGAAGGCCAAGACAGAUUGGAAAGAAGUCGUAGUCAAGAAUUUACAAGUUUUGGGAUUUUGA